GGACAGGAAAGUGAGAAAGCGGGGUCCUCGCACUUGCCAGCCCGGCAGCCGUGCUUUGCUGUCAGACAGCUGGGUGACACGGGCGGCUCCACGUUGGUCUUUCAGGUGUCCUGUGCAGCACUCCCGGGCGGACGCCAAGCUUCUCCUCCCACCGCAGUCAGCCUCUCUCCCCCGGGGAUCACCUACCAGCACAGACAGCGCUCACACCAUGGAGAGUGACAUGGAAAAUGACAUCCUGGAGGCCCUGGAAGACUUAGGGUACAAAGGAUCCCUAAUGGAUGAUGGUGCCUUGAUCCAAGCUGCUGCUCAAGGAGCCCUUUCUCCCGAAUAUACCAAGCUCUGUGCAUGGCUGGUUGCUGAGCUGAAAUUGUUCUGCACAAUAGAAGAAAGUGUGGAAGGCACUAAUAGUCCUGCAGAGGCAGAAGGAUUUCAACUAGAAGUUAGUGGUCUUUUGACAGAGAUGAACUGCCCAUACAACUCUUUGACAUCUGGAGAUGUCACUAAGCGCCUUCUAGAAAAGAAGAACUGCCUACUUUUACUAACAUAUUUGAUAUCAGAACUUGAAGCUGCACGAAUGCUGACUAUAAAUAUACCUAUAAAGAAGGAACAAGAUGGAGGAGGCAGUGAGGUCUUUAAGGAACUAAAGACAAUAUGCAUGACUCUGGGAAUGUCAAAACCCCCAGCCAAUAUAACCAUGUUCCAGUUUUUUAGUGGAAUAGAGAAAAAAUUAAAAGAAACCUUAGCAAAAGUGCCACCUAGUCAUUUAGGAAAGCCUCUUCUGAACAAGACUUUGGGGCCAACUCAUUGGGAGAAAAUAGAAGCAAUUAACCAAGCCAUAAGUAAUGAAUAUGAAGUCCGGAGAAAAAUGUUGAUUAAACGUUUGGAUGUAACUGUACAGUCAUUUGGUUGGUCAGACCGAGCAAAGAGUCAUUCUGACAAACUGGGCAAGGUUUACCAGCCGAAGCGAGCAUCCUUACUAAGCAAAAGCACCAUUUCUCUUGCUCAUCUUCUGGCAGCGCGGCAUGAUCUGUCGAAAAUCUUGAGGACCAGCAGUGGAUCGAUCCGGGAGAAGACUGCUUGUGCUAUAAAUAAGGUGUUAAUGGGAAGAGUUCCUGACAGAGGUGGAAGACCCAAUGAAAUAGAACCUCCUCCACCAGAAAUGCCACCUUGGCAGAAGAGACAAGAUGGGCCACAACAAGGUGGUGGUAGAGGUGGAGGAAGAGGUGGAUAUGAACAGUCUUAUGGUGGCCGUGGUGGUUAUGAACAGGGAGGUGGCCGUGGUGGUUAUGAACAGGGAGGUGGCCGUGGUGGCUAUGAGCAAGGUGGAGGCCGAGGACGAGGACGUGGUAACUAUGAUCAAGGAAACAGAGGCGGUAGAGGAAGUAAAGUACAAGGAGGCUGGACAGAUGGUGGUGGCAGUGGUUCUGGUGGACAUUACCAAGAUGGAGGCUUUAGAGAUUCUGGCUAUCAAUCUGGAGGCUACCAGGGUGGCGGAGGAGGGUAUCAAGGAGGUGGAUAUCAAGGCGGAGGUGGUGGAUAUCAAGGUGGAAGUGGAUACCAGGGAGGAGGCUAUGCAGGCUACCAAGGUUCAUCCUACUCUGGUAGUGGUUAUCAAGGAGGAGGCUAUCAACAAGACAACAGAUUUCAAGAUGGUGGCCAUCACAAUGACCGAGGAAGUGGCCGUGGAGGAGGCAGAGGUGGUCGUGGUGGAAGAGGAGGGCAAGGUGGGGGUUGGGGUGGCCGUGGUGCACAAACAUACAACCAAGGUGGUCAGUUUGAGCAGCACUUUCAGCAUGGAGGUUAUCAAUAUAAUCAGUCUGGUUUUGGACAAGGAAGACAUUACACCAGUUGAGAUCAUUCUAGUUUCACAUUAAGUAGAGCUCACGUAAUAGUUGUGACAACCUGAUCAGAAAGUUUUUUUUUUUUUUUUUGCUGGUUUUGGUUUUGUUUUACGCUGUCCCAUUGCUUUAAUGCAUGUGUGGACAUAACAAAAAAAUGUGUUCGCACUGUUGGGUUUAUUCAGAUGCGGUUUGUUGAGGUUACAUUUUUCACUCCAAAAUUCUCAAAGAAAAUGCUGUUUGCAGAGUGGUAAUAUUCACAGGUUAAAUGAAAAUCUCCACCCAGAAAUUUAGUGCCCUGGAUGUGUUGACGUCAUACAUUUUUAUCGGUUUACAACAGUUUAGUAAACGUGUGUAUUAAGUUGCUUGGCUCAGGACAGUUUUUUUUUUUUUCUUUUUUUUUUUUUACAAACCCCCCCCAUUAAAGAUCUGCUUUACAAAACAAAUGCAUACUCCUUUCCUUGUUUCAGCCUGUCAGAUUUUAAUCGGUCUGAUUUUUUUUUUUUUUUUUUUUUUUUUUUUUUUUUAGGCAAGGACAGCCUAUUAAGCACUAUACAAGUAAAUAAUCUUGCUGGGAUGGUAAAUUCAUAGCACAGAUCUGGAAGUGUGACUUUAUACAUUAGAUGCCAUUAUCACCCUACAUCUCCAAAAAUUAUUUGUUCUUUGAAAUAAAUAUGGUAAUGGUUGUUAACUGUAAAAUUGGACUGUGCAAAUAGUAUAUUCUGUUGCAAAGCUAGGGCAUCUUUAUAAAAUAAACAUUUUUUUAGGGGGGGGGGGGCACAUUGUAACAAAUGUGGAGUCAGCCCAAAAUGACAAGUAGGUUUCCUUGUUUUAUUUUCCCAAUGAAUAGUAUACAUCCUAAUUGGUCACUAUGGGCGGCAACUCCACUUCUGUUUGCAUUUUUUUUUUCUUAUUCUUUCUUUUUUUUUUUUUUUAUAAAUGGGCUGUUUUUAUGUUUUCUUUUAUAUAAAUAUUUUUCUUAAGUAAAGUGAAAAUAUAUUUAACCUUGUUUGGGAUUUCUUUGAGCUCCUUUUUAGUUUAAGGUAUCCUGCCUUUCAUAUAAGUUUUACAAUGAAAAUAUGUUGUCUGUCUCUUCACAUAUGCAUAUUAUGAUAAAAGAUGAAUAUAAAAAGAAAAGGAGAUGUGUCCAUGUCAGCCAUAUUCUGCCAUAAAGGACAGUUAGCGAUGUUUGAUAACAGUCAAAUUUCCUAACAAAAUAGAAAAAGAUGAUCGGCAUUGGUUACUGCACUUUGUCUUAAGUAUGCCCUUGGCAUGUUUUUCCUUCUUGCAUUACAGAUGAAAACUAGCAGCCCCAUAUGCUUUUCUUCUGUGGUUUUGACAUAAUUUUUAUAUGAAUGUGUACAUUUUACACUGCCUUCAAAUGCAUUACAUUGUGAUUUUUUUUUAAAGUACAAGUGCACUU